ACACAAGCUUUAGUGGCUUGACCUCAGGUCAACCCGGGUGGCCAUCUCCUCCUCCAGUCCUCUUCCUUGUCUUCUUUAUAAAGAUCAAAGAGAUGCAUCGUUGAUGGCAUGCAAAUGACAGAGCGACCUCCGAUCCUCCUAUUUUUGAUCGACUGAAUCUGGUGAAACAAAAACCAGUACAAUUUUGAGUAAGGGUGUGCGUGUGGGCGCCGCCGAUCCAUCGGUGUUCGUUGCUACAGACGGACCUCGGCGAUCUGAUCUCUGCCAUCAUCGGACGACUUCGUCAAUCAAGCGCAUACCACCGAGAGGAAAAAAACAUGAAGCUUACUGCAAUGGGGCAGUUUUCCUUUGUGCUCCUGGCGUGCUGCAUGCAAGCUGUCAUCUGCUCCUCCAUUGGAAACUACACAGACAUGUUCUCUCUACUAGACUUUAAGAAGCAAAUAAGUCUUGACCCACAACAAGCUCUGAUGUCCUGGAAUGGCAGCACCCAUUUCUGCACUUGGAAAGGUGUCAGGUGUUCGGUCAAGAAACCAAGUCGUGUCACUUCUCUUAAUCUUACAAAACAAGGUCUAGUAGGGCAAAUCUCUUCUUCACUUGGAAACCUAACAUUCCUGAAAGUCCUAGACCUGUCGGCUAACUCAUUCCUAGGAGAGAUCCCUGUGUCCCUUGGUCACCUGCAUCACCUUCAAAUCCUCCAUCUGGAAAAUAACACGCUACAGGGAAAAAUACCUGCCCUUGCAAACUGCUCAAAGCUCACGUGGCUAUCCAUGGGACGAAACCAAUUAACUGGAGAGAUUCAUGAAGAUUUUCCUAGUCGCCUUGAAACUCUUCUACUUAGCGUAAAUAACCUGACUGGAACCGUCCCUGCUUCUCUUGGUAAUAUCUCAACGCUAAAGGAGUUUAGUUGUGCAAGGAAUAACAUCGAGGGGAGCAUCCCAGACGAGGUUGCAAAUUUGCUAGGGUUGCAACUCCUUUACGUGGGUCUCAAUAAAAUGUCAGGUCGGUUUCCACAGCCCGUCCUGAAUCUUUCUAAUCUAGUUUUCCUUAGCAUUUCUUUGAACAAUUUUUCAGGAGUUAUACCAUCCAGUGUUGGCACCUCUCUGCCCAAUCUUCAGCUGUUUAAGAUAGGCGGCAACUUGUUUCAUGGGCAUGUGCCAUCUUCACUAACAAAUGCUUCCCAGCUGAACGAUAUUGAUAUGACAAUGAAUAAGUUCACUGGGGUGGUGCCUAGCUCCAUCGGCAGACUUUCUGGACUGACUUGGCUAAACCUUGAGAACAAUGAACUCCAAGCAAGUAACAAGCAAGACUGGAAAUUUGUGGACAGCUUAGCCAACUGCACUGAGCUAAGAGUAUUUUCACUAGCAGGUAAUCGUUUAGCAGGCCAAGUGCCGAAUUCUGUAGGUAACCUUUCCAGUCAGCUCCAAUAUCUACACAUGGGAGGAAACCAACUGUCUGGGGACUUACCUUCUGGAAUAGCAAACCUUCGCAACCUAAUCUCUUUUUCACUGCCUGGGAAUAAUUUUACGAGUUUGCUUCCAGAGUGGCUUGGGACUCUCAACAGUCUGCAAAGGGUAGUGUUAGACGGCAAUUUCUUUUCAGGGCUCAUUCCAUCAUCCUUUUCAAAUCUAUCUCAACUGGCAGAGCUCUAUCUAGAUUGGAAUCAAUUAAAUGGAUAUAUACCGCCAGACCUGGGGAAGCUCCAAAUGCUUGAGGCACUGAACAUUUCUUACAACAAUCUUCGUGGCAGUAUACCAAAAGAAAUCUUCGCAAUUCCAACAAUAGUAAAAAUUAGCUUAUCCUUCAACAACCUACAUGGCGCACUACAUGCCAAUAUUGGGAAUGCUAAACAGCUAACAAAUUUAGAAAUUGCAUCAAAUAAUCUGUCUGAGGAACUUCCUAGCUCUUUGUGUAAUUGUGAAAGUUUGGAAGAUAUCGAGCUGGGCAAUAAUUUUUUCAGCGGAAGCAUCCCAACUUCGUUUGGCAACAUAAGUAGCCUAAAAACGCUCAACUUGUCUCAUAACAACUUAAGUGGGUCAAUACCUCCAUCACUUGGAAACCUGCAAGCUCUUGAGCAACUAGAUUUGUCAUUCAACAAUCUUAAAGGUGAGGUCCCAACAGAAGGGAUAUUCAAGAAUAAUGCAACAUCAGUGCUGAUUGAUGGCAAUCAGGGGCUUUGUGGCGGGCCACUGGGGUUACACCUACCUGCAUGUCCUAUCAUGCAAUCGAAUUCAGCAAAGCACAAGUUAUCAAUUUUACUGAAAGUGGUCAUCCCAUUAGUCAUAGUGCUGUUACUUGUGGUGAUCAUUUCUGUUUUGUCAUUUCGGAGGCGAAAACAGAAAACAAAAGAUAUUUCUCUACCCUCUUUUGGGAGAGAGUUCCCCAAAAUUUCUCAUAGUGAUCUUGCCAGAGCAACAGAGGGCUUCGCAACCUCCAAUCUAAUUGGCCAGGGAAGGUACGGCUCUGUUUAUCGAGGACAAUUGUUUCAUGAUGGAAAGCUGGUGGCUAUCAAAGUUUUCAGUCUAGACACAAGAGGAGCACAAAAAAGUUUCAUCGCAGAAUGUAAUGCUUUGAGAAAUGUGCGACAUCGCAAUCUAGUUCAUAUCCUAACUGCAUGCUCAAGCAUUGAUCCUAAUGGAAAUGAUUUCAAAGCCUUAGUGUAUGAGUUCAUGCCACGAGGAGACCUGCAUAACUUACUGUACUCAACUCGAGACAGAGAACUUUCUUCAUAUUUUAUUCCACUAGUUCAAAGGUUAAGCAUAAUGGUGGAUGUAUCAGAAGCUUUGUCAUAUCUACACCAUCACCACCAAGGAACCAUUGUACAUUGUGAUCUGAAACCUAGCAACAUUCUUCUAGAUGAUGAUAUGGUAGCACAUGUUGGAGACUUUGGGUUAGCAAGGUUCAAAUUUGAUACAACAUCACCAUCUCUUGUUGACUCAACUUCCACUUCUUCACUAGCAAUCAAGGGAACCAUUGGAUACAUUGCUCCAGAAUAUGCUGCGGGUAGUCAGGUUUCCACUGCGGCGGAUGUAUACAGCUUCGGAGUUGUUCUCCUUGAGAUAUUCAUCCGAAGGAGCCCGACAGAUGACAUGUUCAAGGAUGGGAUGACUAUUGCAAAGUUAACAGAGAUCAACUUCCCUGAUAAUGUGUUACAGAUUGCUGACCCACAGCUGCUUCAGGAGCUAGAGCAGAGAGAGGACAUUACAAUGACCUUCAGGGAUAGUGGGGCACAAAUUCUGCGGUCAGUGCUGAACAUUGGACUCUGCUGCACCAAGACAUCACCAAACGAGCGCAUCAGCAUGCAGGAGGUGGCCGCCAAGCUGCACGGGAUCAGGGAUGCAUAUCUUAGAGGAAACUGAAGGACCAGCUCAGUAAUUUAUAUGUUCUGAAAUCUGAAUGAAUAACUUGCAGAAUAAUUUUUCAUGUGUUGUGUUUUUCUUGUUCAGUUGGUGUUCUUGAAAAUCUGUAUUAUUAUGCUUCACAAAUUGUGCUACUUGAGCAGCACAGGCUCGCAAUAGCUCUCUUCA